AGCUUUUUAGGUGCAAACAACUCUAUCGUUAGACUCGAACUCUAAUCGUUGACGAUCGGUCGCUAUAACGAACAUCAUGUCGAACCCUCGAGCCAAGCCGAUACCACCCCCGACUAAAACAUCGAACCGUUCUCCAGCCCCAAAGAACCCGCCAACGAAAAAGCCAGCCCCAAAACCUCCCGCGAAGUCUCCUAGUGGUCCAACAAAACCAGUCCCAGCAGGCGUCAGAUCAAAUCCAACAAAGAACCCAACCGCCAAACCAGCUGAGCCAGCCCCUACGGGCAAUUGGAUCAAUCGUACCGUGCAAAAUAGUGUAGCAGGCGUAGGCAACUACGCAGGAAGUCUGAUUACUGGAGUGGGCAAUAGCGUCAACAAAGUCGGCAUGGGCGUUGGCGAGCGCAUCUCGGACACCACUCGAGGCUGGGGCCAGGGCGUAGCAGGUUAUGGCAACGAUAUCAAAGACUCGGUCGGCGUCGGCGGACCACGGGUCGCGACCGGUGGCAAUCCCUUGGGCCUCGCUGGACAGGGCUCUUCAAAGAACAUGCCGUUGCCGGCAAGCAAGACGAAGAGUGCGGCGGAAAAGAACAAGGCCGCAAACAAUCCAAAGACGAGCGCUGUCAAUCCGUUGGGCAUCUGAGCGAUGCGGCUGUGUGACACUGCAUGGCAAGAAGGCGGACACAAUCAAGUGAAGAGAGAAUUUCUGUUUCUGGUCAACGAAUCUC